AUGAAAUCUGGUCGGAAGAAAUUAAUGAGAAUCGUAAGAAAUGGAGUCACAAGAAUCAAGUUUCAUAGAAAUAAAUGCCAAAACAAACGAUUCGACAAAAUCUUACAAGCGUUGAAUUAUUUUUGCACUCAUACGACUAUUCAUGGUCUUCGUCACAUUGUUAAUCCUGAAUUACAUAUAAUCGAGCGAUUUCUGUGGCUUAUUGUAUUUGUAAUAUCUUCCACAAUCGCCAGUAACGUGAUUUAUUCACUUGCACUUAGAUUCCAGGACGCACCGACGUCGAUUGACAUCGAAUCAAUGCAUUAUGAGACUUCACAUCUAUCCUUCCCGAGCGUAACCCUUUGUCCGAAUGACCGCGUUGAUUGGAAUCGGAUCCUUGAAGUCGAAUCAAAAUUUUUCCCUAAUGGCAAGGAUAAGGCAAGUCUCGAAACUUUUCGAAAAAUAUUGAGCAAGCUUUCCAUGAUGAGCUUUGGGGAUUUCGACCAACUAAAUUUUCUAAAGAAUCAGAGUGUUCAUAGUCUCGCGGGUAUCAACAUAACUCAAGUAUUACUUGAGGUAAUGCCGCGCUGCGAUCAAUUGCUGUCCUCUUGCUGGUGGCGUAACGCCAAUCGUAAUUGCUGCGAGAUCUUCCAGGUGCAGAAAACCGAAUACGGUUUCUGUUAUUCGUUCAAUUCCGAAGUAGCACAAACACCUCCAGCAGACCCUACGGAAUCGCGACCACGAAGAGCAUCUGGCUACGGUGAUUGGAGCGGCAUCAGGGUUACGAUUCAUCUAAGAAGCGUAAUGAGGCCACCAGAUUCUGAGGAGGUUGAUGGCAUCGUGGUGAUAAUAAACGAGCCCCAUGUCUGGCCCAACAGUGGUACUAUGAUACCAUCGGGUUCGCGGGUCAGCAUGUCUUUAGAAUGUAUUUCUGGAUACGCUACUCAGCGAGUUCUCGAACUGGACAAGGAUAAACAACCGUGCCAAUACGAUGAAAACGGCGUGUACCAUCAGGAAACCUGCUUAUCGCUUUGCAAACGUUACUGGGUUGCAAAGUAUUGUGGUUGCAACCCGUCUUUCUAUUUCCCCGCAACCAACCGUUUUCGUGACUGCACCAUCGAGGAUUUCAUUUGUCUGAUCACUUAUAAUGUAUCUUUCGGCGGUAUAAUCGGCUUGUUCCUGGGUGGCUCACUGCUCAGUGUUAUCGAGCUAGUUUAUUAUCUGGUGAGUGCGAUGUUUUCAUCUCUACGAUCGCGACUGAAUACCGAAGAGCCGAGGAACCGAUCAAACGUGACGCACGUCCAUACGAGAGUGCUGCCCAUCCUGGAUUACAAUCCUCUAAAACCGCGAGCGAGGAAAAUACCGGUUUUCACGAAUUACGGCCUUGCAGAAUUGAAUUUGAACAGAUAUUGA